AUGGCUACUAUGAAACGAAGUUUAACUUUUAAAAAACUGUCUGAAGAAAAUCCAAAGAAAUUACGAAAAGGUGAAUUAAAUUCUAUUGAAAAUUUCUCGAAUGAAAUCUUCUAUGAAAUAUUUGAUUAUCUUGAUGGUUUGGACAUUUGUAUAGCAUUUUCAAAUCUUAAUUAUCGUUUUCAACAAUUACUUAUAUGUUCAUCUUUUCGAUAUAAAAUAAAUUUUGAUUUUUCCACAAAGAGAGAAAAAUUUUUGAAUAAUUAUAAACAAAUCCAACAUCAAACCCAUUCAAUUUCUUUUAUAAUAUCAAAAAAAUCUAUGAAUAAAUUAUUAAUAUCAUUUCAAAUUGAUCGUUCAUUUAAUAAUCUACAAUCAAUUCGUAUUGAUAAUAUUCCCAAAGAUAAACUUAUUUUAUUACUUGUUCAUUUAUCUGAAUUACCUUGUCUUCAUUCAUUAAAUAUCCAAACAACAGAUUCAAUUGAAGAUUUAAGUCAUAUUUAUCAAUUAAUAUUUUCAUUGCCAAAAUUAAAAUCAAAUGAAUUUUAUUUAUGUGGUUGUGAAUGUUCAAUAUCAAUUCCAGUAUCAAAUAAUACCAAAAUAAGUCCAAUUGAAUAUCUAAAAAUAGCUCAUUCGUAUACAUUUGAUGAACUUAAUGCAUUAAUAUCUUAUACACCAAAUCUUCGUCAUCUUAAGCUUUCACAUAUAAGUAAAGAUGAGUCAGAUAUAGAAGAUAUGCUACCAGUGAAUUUCAAUAAUCUCAUUCAUUUAUCGAUAUUUACAGUUUAUUUGAACUUUAAUAAAGUUGAACUUUUUAUUGAAAAAAUGAACUCCAAAUUAAAAAGUUUACGUGUUACUGCGUAUUCAAAUCGAGAUAUAACUUAUCUUUAUGCUUAUCGUUGGGAAAAAUUAAUCUCACAAAAUUUUCCUCAAUUAAAAAAAUUUUCUUUAUGUUUUCGUGAAUCAGGAUAUGGUCGUAAUUGUCCGAUUUAUGAUGGAGAAAUAAAUCAAUUCAAUUCACCAUUUUGGAUUCAACGAAAUUUGAUUUUCGAUAUAGAGAUUUAUGAAUAUAAUAUUCAUUAUUAUGUCCGUCCAUACAAGUACAGAUGGUAUAAUGAUAUAAAUUCUUCUCAUGAACAUCCGACUAAAUCAACUCAAUUGACAAUCAAAUAUGUUUAUUCUCGUGAGUCUCCUUUUAUUCUAUUUAAUCAAAUUAAACGUAUUUUAAAUGUUACACAAAUUUAUCAUUUAAAUAUUGAACAACAAAUUUCUAAUGAAAGAUUAAUGCAAAUAAUACAUUUAUUACCUAAUCUUAUCUCAAUAAAUAUAUAUUCUUUAGAAUUUUAUCGUGAAAUUUCAUUUCUAAAUCAAGGAUAUCCUACAACAUCUGCAUUAGAACAUGCAAAACAAAUAAAAUAUGUUUACUUAGGCACAGCAUCUACUAUUAAAGAUAUUUAUUUUCUUAUGUCAUUUUGUCCUCAAAUGGAAUAUCUUAGUGUUGAAUGUAUAGAAAAUAUGAAUAUUCAACUAUUUUUAAAAGAUAUUGUAAAAGAAAUUAAUCAAAAACAUUAUGAUUAUUUACAUUCAUUAUGUAUUUUUAUAAGAACAGCAGAUGAUCAAAUGAUAAAACAAUUAAAUGAAAUGAUUUAUGAUGAAAAACUUUUAUUAGAUUAUACAAUUCAUCGACAAAGUUAUAAUAUUUACUUGAAAUGGAAAUAA